AUUAAUCUCUUUAAUUAAUGCCCAUCCCUUCCAAUUCAGUAUAAAAAUUCAUAAUAUUAUUUUUAUUACUAUCACUUGCAGCAUUUGCUUUUUUAUGAGAAAGAGAUGAACAAGAUAGCUUUUCUCUCUGUAUAUACAUAGUGUGAGAGAGAGAUAUAGCAAGCAACUGAGAUCUUAAUGUCUUCCAACAACAAACAAGCUCUUUUCAAAACCGUAUUCACAAUAAACGGUAGCUGUGGCUGCGGCAAAACAAAGGCCUUAGAGGUACACGAACCAACCCCAAAACCCAAAAUCUCCAUUCCCAAGAACAACACAAAUAACCCUAGCAGCAUGGCUUCUUCAUUCACCACUACUUCGCACAACGGUGCCUUCUCCGGCGCUGAGGACGAAGAUUCCUCCACCACAAUCUCUGAAUCCGAAACCACCCAUGACCAUAUCAGCAAUAACCUUAUUAUCCCCAAACGAAGCCCACUCAUGGAUACACUUGCAGUUGAGAAGGACUCUUCGGACCCAUAUCAUGAUUUCCGGCAUUCCAUGCUCCAAAUGAUCUUCGAGAAAGAGAUUGAAUCUAAGGAUGAUCUUCAGGAUCUUCUUCAGUGUUUUCUUCAGCUGAAUGAACCUCAUUACCAUCAUAUCAUCGUUAAGGCCUUCAGUCAGAUAUGUGAAGAGGCCUUCCCUGAGAAGGUUUGUACUACUACCCCUUCUAUUAACAGAAGAUCUUCCUCUUGUACGAACACCUUCAUCGUUCACAAGACUUGCCGCUGAAUUUCAAAAUAACAUUCAUCUCUCUACUAUUUUUACACUUGCUUAAGCGGACUAGUGAGCUAACCACUAGACCAACCCAACUUGGUUUUCAUCUCUCUACUAUUAUUCUUUAUAAUAUGUCACCAACUCUUUAUCAUUUGUCGCUUUAAUUUUUGGUAUAUUUUUAAUUUGGAAAUUUUGGUAACAACAAAAAAAAUAGUUAAAAUUUAUUUUAUUUAAUAUUUAUUAAUUAUUAUAAUAAUUAAUGAAUAUUAAAUAAGAUAAAUUCUAGUUAUUUUUUUCCAGCAUUACCGUUUUUAAUUAACUCACUCUCUCUAUAUAUCAUCCAUAUUUUUUUAUUUUUGGAUAUAUUUUUAAUUAGACAUAUUCCAUGGGAAACCUGAUAUGUAGAAAUACAGUGGUCUUAAAUUGGGCCAUGUUUCAAUGAUGAUUGUAUAAUUGUGUGUACUAAAGUUGAAAGGAGUUGGGUUUG